CUCGUUCCGGGGCCUGGGUCAGGGGUCACCUUCAAUGUAGAUCCAAGUGGGAUUCCCAGUCUUCGUUGCGGUUUGUCCGACUGAUUCAUGGAGUUCAGAUGUGGAUGGCGAAUUCGUAUCAACAAAGCAAGCUAGAGACUACCUAACCAACGCUUCGUAUGUGAGUGACAAAUUCAGACACAAAACAGUUGUCCAAACAGAGACUCGACCAACCGUGUACCAUGCCCAUCCCUCGCAAACGCCUGCAGGCGAACAGUGGAGGGGAGGUAACUCAGGCCGACAAACCUCGCAAACGCCUGCAGGCGAACAGUGGAAGGGAGGUAACUCAGGCCGACAAACCUGGCUCAAAACCUCUCGCUCAGCCGCCACGAGAAGGUGAUAGUCAAGACGGUGAGAUAUCAGAUGCUGACUACAACAGUUCAACUGUGCAGCCCGAACGCCCGUCUGAUCCAGUGACCUACAGAGACAUAAUACAGAUCUACCGGAAACCAGCAUUGGAGAUUAUGGUACUCGUCAUCGUGUUCUACCUGCUUUACCGUUCAUCACCCGACAAUACCGAGCGCGCUCUGUUGGACGUUCUCAACGAGAAAUGUGGAAAAAGUCCUUCGGAGACCAAGACAUGUAUUCAGAGACUCCUGUCAUCAAAGACAUCGUGUAAAGUGCCUGAAGACGUUCCCAAGACGAAACAGGUCACGCCAGAUUGCAGCCACCUUGAGAGUGAGUAUAAGAACCUAGAGCACACAGUACACGAUCUUAACAAGUGGACUGAAGGAAUUGAAUCAGUCUUUAAAGAUCCGAGUCAAAUGUCUGAACCUUUGAGGACUCUUAAGGACCAUCAUCGACAUUUGCAAACCAUGAGUUCUGCGGGUAAAGGCAACGACCUGGCAGAUGUGACACAAGUUGAAGCUGACGUAAAGACGAUUGCAGAAGCAAAUGAAGCCAUAAGCAAGACAUUACAUGAAACAAAUACCAAUCUUGCUGAAGUCCGUUCUACGCUUGCUGAGACAAGGACAAACCUUACUGAAACCAACACGAAGGUUGGAAAACAGGAGGGCAGGAUUAACCAACAGGACGAAAAACAAAGGAAUGUGACGGAGAACGUAAUACCCGACAUAAGGUCCAAGAUGGGACAGAUUCAGGGGGAAAGCAGAUGAAGCUAAGGAGGCCACGGAGGAGAACGGGGGUCGACUUAAGGAAUACAUUAAGCAGUCGAAUUCAGCUUAUGAGGAGUU